CAUCUUGGUGAAUGAAAUGAUGACCUGGGAUGAGGCGCAGAGCUACUGCAAAAAGACCUACACAGAUCUAGCCAUUGUGAGGAACCUGGUGGAGAGCAUUAAUAUAGGGAAGAUUAUACCAAAAUUGUCCUAUGCAUGGAUUGGCCUGCACAGAGACUGGAGCUGGUCCGACCAGAGUAAAUCUGCAUUCCGAUACUGGCUGUCAGGAAAACCCGAUAAUCGCUACAACACCUGUGUUUCAAUGUCCAAUUACUAUGGGAAAUGGGAAGACUACCCAUGUGAGACACAACUUCCAUUCAGUUGCUACAGUGUGAAGAAACAGAAGGUGGUGAGCAUAAGGCUCAACCCAAAGGAGCAGAACAUGGAUCUGACUAGUCACGCCGUGCAGGAAGCCAUCUUACAACAGAUAAAGACAGAGCUGAGGAAAAAGGGUAUGUCUGAUGACGUCAAUCUGAGAUGGAAGAAGCAGCCUGAUGGAAAGGUCUUCCACAAAGAAUAAAGGGAUUGAAAGGAGGAGAAAUGUAAACAAGGUGGAACUGCAAAUAACCAUAGGUUAACUAACCCUGAAAGCUAACCUUCACCUAAAUUAAAGUAUGUUUGGAUAAUAAAUUCAUAAAUGUCACCACUGUCUCUAUUAUAAUAUUUCAUCAAAAACUCCCUAGUGAAAAGACUGAUACAUUAUGUUAAACUGCCUUUGGAUUGGGGUUUUAAACACAUAGCUGUUAUGAAUUCAAGGAUUUUUCUGCAAUAGAAACCCUUGGGACAGCUGCCUAAACAUGUUUUCAGGAAAUUAGCUUCAUAAUAUCAAACGUAUCCUUGUAGAAUUUGUAGAAAUGCUUGAAACUUAUUAAGACAGGGAGGGGCCUCUAAAAUGUAAAAGGAGGGGCCUCUAAAAUGUACAGGGAGGGGCCUCUAAAAUGUACAGGGAGAGGCCUCUAAAAUGUCUACGAGGGGUCCAAUGUCACCUAUCGCUAUGCCUAGCCCCCCCACCUGACCCACUCCUGACC